AUGAUGGUGACAUUUGCUAUCAUUUCUUGCUUACUACUUAUUAAUGUUACAUGUCAAGAUUCAAUAUUAGAUGUUAGCCUGAUCGAGAAUAGUGUUGUUGGUGAACCGGAAGUGGAGUGCGGUUUAGAUGGUAUUGAAAUUGAUGUGAUUACCACAUAUGCAUUUUUUGGCAGAUUGUAUGUUCAGGGUGAAAGUGAUAAUCCUAAUUGUGUAACAUCAUAUUUUGGAGAAGAUCAGCAGUUAAAUAACGAUCAACAGCUAAAAUUUUCAUUGAAAUUUGGUGAAUGCAACAUGCGACGUCAGCGCACGUUGAAUCCACGUGGUGUUGUUUACACAUUUACACUCAUCGUAUCAUUCCAUCCGAUCUUCGAGACAGAAAUUGAUCGAGCAUAUCAAGUACGAUGUUUUUUCUCUGAGUCAGUUAAAGCAUUAGAAGUUACAUUAGGUGUUAGUCAAUUAACAACGCAAAUUAUUGCAAGAGAAUUUACUCUUCCGACGUGUAUGUACGAGAUACGUGAAAGCCGUAAUGGUCCAUUGAUCAAAUUUGCGCAUAUUGGUGAUCACGUAUGGCACGUAUGGCAUUGUGAUUUAGAAUCUGGUGUAAUAUAUGGUAUGCUAAUUCAUUCAUGUUAUGUUGAUGAUGGCCAAGGCAAACAUGUCCCAAUUGUUGACAAUAAAGGAUGUGUUUUGGAUUCUUUAUUAUUAUCUGAUAUUCAAUAUGAUAAUCAAGCUAUAACAGCAUAUGCAAAAACACGAGUUUUUAAAUAUUCUGAUAAAAUUCAAUUGUAUUUUACGUGUACCGUGCAACUUUGUGUGAAGAAUGAUGGUGGCUGUGAUGAUGUGACACCACCAGUUUGUGAAGAUGAAUUUUUGACACAACUACCAAUCGAAUAUUCUUCGUCAGAGCGUAGUUAUUAUGAUGAUCCAUCACAUUUUCAACAUCAUAAGAUCGAAAAAGAAUUCUUUGGACCCAUAGACGCUGAGCGUAAAAAAAACACAAGAAAUUUGCAUGUGACACCACCGUCACCAUUGCAAUCACCACUUGAAUUUGGUUUCCUAAAAACUAGCGCUGUACCACGUAAAUUGCGUUUUCAAAGAGAAAUUCGUCGUGACAAUAAUUUGAAGAAGCAAUUAAAAUUGUCAAAUACAAAAAUGAAAAUUGCUGAAACAGAUCUUACGGCACAUGUUGUUGUCUUUCCAAUGAUUGAAAUUUCACCUUCAAAUACAUCUUCAAAUGUUAAUAAAGCAAUAAACGAGGAAUCGCAUAUUAUUUCAAUUUGUCUUUCAUCAUUGGAUAUGCUUUUACUUCUUGUUAUGGAUGAUGAUGGAAUAUGCAAGAGAAGGCCUAUUAAUAAUAAUAAUCUUUGGUGA